GCGGCAAUGAGGAUCGGCUUCGUAGGCAUCGGCAAAAUGACAUGCGGGGAGAUCUUGUGGAUGAAGCCAGUCUUUAUAGCAAAAUUGUGGGGGUUGUCGGGGAUACUCGGGCAUCAUGGGCGAGGUCAACUAGGGCGUCGUGGAGGUUCAGAAGUAGUCGAGCUGACUAUUUAUCGAAGGAAGUAGCCAGAGAACAUAAUGCUCGGGAUGGUUAGAGGGGGCAGAGAAGGCUGCAGUGUUCGGAUGCUCCUCUGCAGUUGCUGACCUCGUUCUAGGGCGCAAGGAUGGCGUCUAACUUAUUGAAAUCGAAGUAUCAAGUGAACGUCUUCGACUUGAACGUCGAUGCUGUACAUGAGCUCUGCAAGCAAGGAGCAACGUCUGUCAGCUGCCCCGCCGAACUCGCAGGGAGUGCGGACACCGUGAUCACCAUGCUCCCAUCGAGCCGCCAUGUCAAGGAGGUGUAUUGUGGCAACGAGGGUCUGCUCGCAAGCAGAAGAAGGGGUGUUCUUUACAUCGACUGCAGCACGAUCGAGUCAAACUACGCAAGCGAGCUUUCAGCCGUCUGCUACAGCUCUGGGCAUGAGUUCAUUGAUGCUCCUGUCUCUGGUGGCACGGGAGGAGCGCAGAAUGCGACCCUGACGUUCAUGGUGGGAGGAGAGGAGCGAGCGCUAGAGCGAGCCCGUCCACUCCUCUCUGCCAUGGGCAAGAACAUCAUCCACUGCGGCAAGAGCGGCAACGGUCAGGCGGCUAAGAUCUGCAACAACCUGAUCCUCGGCAUCUCUAUGAGCGCUGUCAGCGAGGCCUUCAACCUCGGCAGGCAGAUGGGCAUUGACCCUCACGUCCUGGCCUCCGUGGUGAACAGCAGCUCGGGGCGCUGCUGGUCCUCGGAGACGUACAACCCCUGCCCCGGAGUGAUGGAAGGCGUCCCGUCCAGCCGGGGGUACACGGGAGGGUUUGCUAGUGAUCUGAUGUUGAAGGACCUUCUCCUGGCUCUGCAGGCUGCUGCGGACACAAAGAUGCCACUACCGAUCGGGUCAGCAGUCGCUCAAGUGUACACGGUGAUGCACAACAAGGGCUACGGCGAGAAAGACUUCUCCUCUAUCUUCGAGUUCUUGUCGAAGAACAAGUCGUGAAGUUGUGGUGGGAAGAGUUUGACGGGGGUAGAAGGAAGGGGGCAGAGAGGGGAGAGGAAGGGGAGAGAAACAAGAUCUAUUCAGAAUUCGGAUAUUCCAACGGAGUAGGGAGGAGGAGGGGGAGAAACAAUAAAGUCGGCAGGCUGGCUAGAUCUGAUGCCCAGGUAUCAGGUUUCCUCGCCUCUUGAGAACUUCG